CCCUAAACGAAUUCACCCCCGAAAUGAUUUCCUUCUAGGUCUAGCAACCAUGGUACGAAUGCAGAGAAACCCUAACCCCAACCAUUACCAAGAUCAACAAAGUGAAACCACCAACGGCGUGGGUCUUCCUUGUGAUCUCAUCAUCGAGAUACUCUCUCGACUCCCCGCGAAAUUCAUCUGCCAAUUGAGGUGCAUAUCCAAAUCCUGGCGCGCCAUUCUCUCUCCUUUCGACCCUGUUCUUCAAACUCUACACCGCAAUCUCUCCAAUUCAACUCCAUUCUUGUUCUUUUUCUACAUUUCAUACCACGGUAUCUGCUUCUCUUCCUUCGACACACGAGGACAGUUGCGGAACCAGUUCACCAAGCAUAUAAGCAGUCCUGUGUGGACAUGGCAGUUUUGUCAAGGUUUGCUGUGUUUCGUAUGUUCUAAACAUAUCUAUGUUUGCAAUCCGAGCACCCAAGAACUUUUAGAAGUUCCAUAUUCCUUUAACCUGCGUGACAUUUAUAAUUUUGCUUUUGGGUAUUUGCCUUCUACCAAUGAGUAUAAGAUUGUCCAUUGGUUUUCGGAUACUGAUAUCAAUCAUAUCGAAAAGAUUGUGUGUCAAAUUUUUACUAUAAAAGAAGGUGGACCAAAUCCUCAUGGUUCUUGGAGAGUCGUAGGAAAUUCCCCUCUUUUUCGCAGCGUUCAUAGAUUCCCACUCUGCAUGAAUGGAUCACUUUAUUGGAUUGUCGAUAAAAAUGAAAAUAAGGGAAAUCCCAUGAAAAUACACAGGUUUGAUUUGGCUAGAGAAGAACAUGAAAUUGUUUUGACUCCCAAAGCUUUUUUAGGCUCAUGCCAUGAUACAGUGUGUUUGCUGUUGAUAAAAGAUUCGCUGUGUUUAGUGGACUUCAGUCCAUGGAUGCCGACAAUUGAUAUUUGGAUGAUGAAAGAUCAAAGCAAUCAAAUUUGGGUAAAGGAGUACAUAAUUGAUAUCUUUGGUGUAAACAGACCUUUACUGAAAAUAGAAUAUAUUCCUUCAGGGGAUGGUUGCGAUGAGGAAAUAUUGAUUAGGCCAGAGAAGGAAGGCCUUCUCUUAUACAACUUUAAGACAAAGAGCAUCAGAAGAGUUGGAAACUUAAUCAGUGAAUAUAUGGGCAUCGACUUUGAUUUGGGGAGAUGCAUUCGGUCAUAUCUCUACGUUGACAGCUUAUAUUCCCUGGGAAGUGGAUAGUUUUGUUCUCUUUGAAACUUUCAUGUUUGAAAAUGUUGAUGUCAAAAUGCAAGGAGUUAUUUAAACUAUUUGGUGGGCUUGAUGCUGGCAAUUACAUUGCGUGGCCUAAGUUGUUUGUCCGGCUCUGAAGGCAGUUCCAAGUGGGAGAUGCUUAGAAACUCGGCACCUUGCAUUCUUCCUCAAAUGUUAAUGUUGGUAUGAUCUUUCUUUUUGUAGUACUGAGAUGGUUCUUUUAAUGAAGUAGCCUCGUUCUUUUAAUGAAGUAGCCUCUUUCUUUCCUCCCUAUUGCUUGUUAGAAGCACCAUUACAAAGGCCAGCGUGCCUCGACGUGAGUGCUAGCGUAUGCAGCAUGUGAAAACCUUUUUUUGAG